UGUGAGAUUAGCUGCUUUUGCGUGUUAAUUGGAUUCUUUAACAAUUAUAGGCAUGUUUAAAAAUUUGUUUGCAUAUGCUCAAUAUAGCUGCAAGUGUAUCUUAUCUGUGAAAUAUGGCACAUAUGUAUGUACAUACGUACACGGCAGACAUAUGUAUGUUUGUGUGACAGGAUCGUCAACAUUCAACAGCUGAUAAGCUCUGCGAGGGGCAACGAUUGCGGCCCGUAAACCAGUCGGGGCGUGGCACAGCACAGUUCGUUGUCGUCUCAGUUGUUGGCGAAUCGUUGUUGGAUUCACUCAGAGCACGAAGGAGAAAUUGGAACGGACAUGGAGGCAUUGGGCGAGUGCAUUGAACUGCGGCGGGAGCGCGAGGGCGCGACAAUUGCCAGCGAAGACUUUGCCGUUUGGUGGGCGGGCGGUCGGCACGAGCUGGAGGAGCGUCGUGCACUGGAAAAUUACUUUUUCAACGAUCCGGAAUUCGAUGAUGCAGUGCAUCCGAGCUGCAUGUCGUACAAGCAGCGCUACGAGCAUGCCUUAACCAAGGGCACCAAAUUUCUAGCCAAGCUGCGCGAAUGGCAGCGCAGCCAGCGCGCACAGCAGCCCAAAGACAAGGAGGAGCAGGAGCUGGAGGGGACAGAGGACAGCAUUAACAUUAAGCUGCUGUACGACUAUCGCAUGCUGCUGUCGGGUCCAGUGGGCACGGCGCUGUUCCAGCAGAGUUUUCCGCUGCGCCUGCACUUCUCCAUGUUUCUGCCCACGCUCCUGAGCCAGGGCAACGCGGAGCAGCAGCGGCGCUGGGUGGGACGCGCCUGGCGCUUGGAUGGCAUCGUUGGCACCUAUGCCCAAACGGAACUCGGCCACGGCAGCUAUAUACGCGGCCUGGAGACGCGCGCCGACUACGAUGCGGAACGCGAACAGUUCGUGCUCAAUACGCCCACCCUGAGCGCCUACAAGUGGUGGCCCGGCGGUCUCGGGCAGACGGCCAACAUGGUAGUGGUGCUGGCGCAGCUCUACAUCCGUGGCAAGCAUCAUGGACUGCAGCAGUUUCUGGUACGCAUACGCGAUGAGCAGACGCACGAACCGCUGCCCGGCAUCGAUGUGGGCGACAUUGGGCCCAAGCUGGGCGCCAACGGGGUGAACAAUGGCUUCCUUGGCUUCCGCAAUGUGCGCAUACCGCGCGAUCAGAUGCUGAUGAAGAACGCCCAGGUGCUCGCCGAUGGCCGAUUCGUGCAGGCGGCACAGCCGCUCCUAGUCUAUGGCACCAUGGUGUUUGUGCGUGUCAUCAUAGUGCGGGACGUAAUGUUCGGGCUGCUCCAGGCGGCCACCAUAGCCACACGCUACUCUGCCGUGCGUCGCCAGAGUCCCAUCGAGCCGAAUGCACCGGAACCGCAAAUUCUGGAUCAUGUCACGCAGCAGGCGAAGAUUCUGCCGCAAAUCGCGCGCGGCGUUUGCUAUCGCCUGGCGGCCGACGUCUUGUGGUCCAUCUAUCAGCGCGUCAUGCAACAGCUGGAGGCGGCUGGACACAAUGGCAGCAAUGGUGGACGCGAGCUGCCGGAGCUGCACGCGCUCAGCUGCUGCCUUAAGGCCGUCUGCACAGAGGGCGCCGCCGAGGGUAUCGAUGUGCUGCGCAAGGCCUGCGGCGGCCAUGGCUACAUGUCGUCCGCCAACUUUGACAGCAUCCAGGGCCUGGCCAGCGCCGCCUUCACCUACGAGGGCGAGCACACGGUCCUGCUGCUGCAAACGGCGCGCUUUCUGCUGCGCCAGCAUACGGAUGCGCUGAAGCGCAAGGUGCUGCCUGCCAGCGUCACCUACCUGCGCAACGCAUCGCCGCUUAGCUGGGGCGACAAUCUGCUCGAGAAUGUGGCACGUGCGCUAGAGAUCUGUGCUGCGGCCCAGCUGCGCGAGGCCUGGCAGUGGCAGCAGGAGCAGCGCCAGCACGGCAAGCACACGGACCAGCAGGCCAACAAUUUGAGCGGCAGACGACUGACCGCAGCGGCGACGUUGCACGGCCACGCCUACUUGGCACGUAAUGCCAUCAAGCAGCUGGCACAGCUGGGGCCCAACGUGCAGCCGGCGUUGUAUGAGUUGCUGCAGCAGCUGGUUGAGCUGUUCGUGCUGGACACAUUUCUGCGCCAGCUGGGCGCCGUGCUCAAGUGGAACAGCAACAGAAUCAGCAGCAAGCAGCUGCAGCAGCUGGAGCAGCGCUACGAGCAGCGGCUGGGCGCACUGCGUCCCAAUGCCUUGGCCCUGGUCGAUGGCUUUGAUUUUCAUGAUCGCGUGCUCGGCUCCACGUUGGGCUGCUGGGAUGGCCGUGUCUACGAGCGUCUGAUGGCGGAGGCGCGUCGCAAUCCCCUCAACCAGGAGGCCGUCAAUCCCAGCUACCACACGCAUCUGCAGCCGCUAUUUCGUUACAAGCUGUGAAGCGCCACAGAAUG